UAGACUUGGCAUUCGCAGUGAUUUCGAAGUCGCCGUGCUCUUCAAAGAACUGUAGAAGUGCUGAUCGAGAACAUCUUGACACUGGUGAUUUCUCUGAUCCCGGUCGUGACGAUUACGGCUAUACAACGCCAGAAUCACGAGAGCUGCAGUCUGGCGCUGGCUCUUUCAGCAACGCAGCAAGCAAUCAAAGCAGCAGUUACAGUGACAGCACGAACAAUGGUAGUAGUGAAACCGGUGGAAGUAUCAGCAGCGGUAGUCAAUGUAAAAGUAGUAGCGACAGCGAUAACGACAAUGACGGCAUCACGAGCAGAAACAGCAACAGCAGCGACGAAAACUAUACGUGAACACGAGUUUUCAGCAAAGCCUCGCCUGAACGCCAAAAAGAUUGACUUUGCAAAGCUGACAUUACCUGUGGAUUUGAAUGCGCGUAGGGACCAAAGCAGUGAUGAUGCAUUGCAGUGGGCAGAUACGUUUGGCACUAUACUCUUGCUUUUUAGUCAUCAGCACCAAGGAAAGAAAAUGAUCUUAUGUCUACUACGUCUUGAACUUGAUGCACAUCCAGCUACAUUCACAAAUAUUCCCAUUGGCACACACUCACAAUCUAGGCUCUAUGUGACUGACGCUUCUCAUCUGGAUUGUCUGGCAAUGCAGCUCAAGUCGAUAAACAUUGAAAAUAGGCACUAUUAUCUGUAUCCCGAUAUGCGUAGACACAACUUCUUAAAUAGCUCCAAAAUUUGAUCAUUUUUCAUAUCAAUAAUAUUGCGUUGGGUAUUCGCGGUGAAAAAAAGAGAAAAGCUAGUUUACUGAAAUCACCUAGACUACCCUGGAAUAACCUUCUCGACUAUUCUCACCUUGUUUUUACCUUAUCUCACCAUCGUCAUUUUUAUUAUAGAAAAAUUAACCCAAAGUGCCCUGUUUGUAACCAUUCCAUACGGUGAAUCAGAAUUUU